GAGGGCGCCAGGCUGGCAAAGGCUGAUUUAUUUACACAGAUCACAUUUUUCCUCCAAUGAACUCAAGGCAGCGUACGUGGUUCUCUCUGCCAUUUUAUUUUCACAACAACCCUGUGAGGCAGGUUGGGCAGAGAGAGAAAGUCAUUUAGUGAGCUUCAUGGCUGGGGGAGGGGGAUUUGGGUUUGGGUCUCCACGGCCUUCAUCCACCACUUCUGAACCUCUACACCAUAAUAAUAGUGAAAAUGCAAAACAACCACCUCCCCACCUCCCAAAAAAAAACCAAGAGGAGGAGGAAGAGAAACCUGGCACGGGAUAGGAGAGCUCUCAAAACCAGCAAAGUGAAGCAUUGGACGGAGACCAACAGCCGGCUCCUGAUCCCACCCUCAGUUACUUUCCAGGCGCCUGCAGUGGGGCUGUGAUGGAGCCUGGUGGGUCUCCCUGGGGAGGGCAUCUGCAGGCAGGAUGCUGCAAAUGGGGGACUUCCGUACCUCGGAAACCUGGCAGGUGCAGGAAGGACACCAAUGAGGACCCCCCACAUCAGCUGAAGCGUUGGGCCAGUUGCCCUGCUGGAGACUGCGUCCUGCUGACCCAGCUGAGCUUCCGAAUAAAGGCAGGCCCCCAUGUAGAGCUGGAUGUUGCCGGAGCAUCAAUAACUGUGGUCAGGACUGUCUUCCCCAGGAGACGCUGAACCUGUUGAAAAGUACUCCAACUAGCCAACACUUCCAUGUGGACAUCUGACUGGCAAAGGACCAGCAACUCCAGGUAGAGCUGGGAAUGUCUCCUGCCUGAAACCUGGGAGGGUUGCUGCCCCCCAGUUGCUGAAUUACAUCCACCAUCACUCCUGACCAUUAGCCAUGCUUGCAGGGGUUUAUGGGAGUUGUAGCUCAGCAACAUCUGGAAGGCCAAAGGCUCCCCACACCUGCUUUAAUGGUGAUAGUGACAAUUAACGGCCUUUGAGCGGAGCUGCGUCCCGUUCUCCAUCCGUCUCACCAGUUUGUCACUUCCUGUAUGUUCCUCCCUUCUUCCCCAUAAGUGGUGGAAAGUCCCAGGUCAGGAGCUGAAGAAGGUAGGGCAUUCCUUCCACUGUGAGUCGGAGAACUGAGGGGGGGGGACAAUUUCCAUGGAAAAACACACAUGGACCCAGCCUGUAUAUGGAGAGAUGACUUUUCCGUUGCCCAUUGAGAUAAUCCUCCAGAUGCUGUACUAGAAGGGCCAUUGGCCCCUGAUCUAGCAGGCUGUUACGUUCGUUUGGCACGACCGAGGUCAAAGGUUGCUGGAAAAUCAAAGCAGCAGACCCCAACCCAGAGACCCUGCAGGAGUCCUGCUCUCAGCCAAAAUGGGCUUGCCCAUCCAGGGCCCCCUUUCAGAGAAUCCUUGCCUCUUGCAUCUGACAGAGUGGCCUACAGCAAGCCAAAUCUAGUGCUUCUAAACUCCCCCCCCCACAGACUACUUGAAAAUUGCUGAGGGUCUUGGCAGACCACUUAAUGAUUUUUUCCCUGCUUGUUGUAGUAAUUGUAGUGUGCUGUGCUAGAUGCUGCAUGAUAUUUAAUUGUGUUUUUACUGCUGCUGCUUUCUCUUCUAUUGUAUUUAUUGUAUUACAAGUUGAAUUUCAUAGAGUUCACAUUCUAAGUGUUCUUCACAGACACACCACGGAGCAUCUGAAUGAAACUUGCAGGCCACUGGUGGUCCAUGGACCACAGUUUGGGAGCCUCUGGCUAAAUCAGUUUGUCUUUCAGGUGCCACAAAGCUCUUGGCUGUCUUUUCUUGCUCGCUUGUUCUCUCCCCCCCUCCCCCCCUCGUCUCUGUGUCCGCCCACCUUCCCCUCUCUGGUCUAUCCUGUCCUGGUCCUUCCCACCCCACCUGCCUUCUGCAGCUCAGACCAGCUUUACAGGUGGCCCACAGCCCUUGCCCAACACACCCACACCCCCUUCCACCUGGCUGGUGCUUUAUAAGCAGGAGUCAUCAGGGUGAAGAGCCUGACUUGGAUCAUCAUGAGGCUGUGGAACUGCAGGGAGCAAGUUCCUAAGGAUGGGGACCUAGAGCUGGGCCCCCAAGGCCAGCCCUCCAAGAGCGCAGCUGAUAAACAGCUCCUGGAGGAGUCCUUUGGCAAGGUCUUUCAGGAGCCGAAGGGGCGAGGAUGUGCGCGAAAGCUUCUGGGGGCCUUGAAACCGCUGGGCCUCUCCAUCCGCCUGCAGAUCCUCAAGUUUGGUGAAGACUGGAUCUUCCUCUUCCUCCUCGGCAUCUCCAUGGCCACCCUCAGCUUUGGCCUGGACAUCACCGUCUCAAAAUUCCAGCGAGCCAGCCUGUGGGUUUAUGACCAGCUGGCAGAGCACCGUUGCCUGCAGUUCUUCUCCUGGACCUUGUACCACGUGGUUCUGAUGACAGUGUCCGCAGCCGCAGCCAAGUACAUCUCGCCCCAGGCGGCCGGCUCUGGGAUCCCGGAGCUGAAGGUGGCUCUCCAUGGGGUUAUGUUACAUGAAUUCUUCACCUUCCGGACACUGGUGGCCAAGCUGGUAGGGGUGGUUUGCACCUUAGCAGCGGGAAGCACGAUCUUCCUCGGGAAAGUGGGUCCCUUCGUGCACAUGGCCACAAUCCUAUCCAUGCUGCUAGGCAAAGUCAUGGUCAAAUUUGCAGGUUCUGCUGAGAACCCAGGGCGCAAGUACGAGUUGCUGACCGCAGGGGUUGCCGUGGGAGUGGCAUGCUGUUUUGUGGCUCCUGUUGGAGGAGUGCUGUUUGGGGUGGAGGCCACUGGCACCCACUUUGCCGUGCGCAAUUACUGGAGGGGAUUCUUUGCUGCAACGUGCGCAGCGCUUACCUUCCGCUUGCUAGCUCUGCUGAACAACACAAGAGAAACUGUGGCCGUUCUGUUCCGGACCAGCUGGCGUGUGGAGUUUCCCUAUGACCUUCCAGAACUGCUGUCCUAUGCGAUAUUGGGAGUGCUCUGUGGAGGCAUCUGUUCCGUCUUCCUCUUCUGCCACCGAAACAUCCUCAUCUUUCUCCAGAACCAGCAGAGAAUCAAACAUUUCAUGGUGAACAACAAAAUCUGGUAUGCUGGUGUCAUCGCCCUCCUGCUGUCAAGCAUCACCUUCCCACAAGGUUCGGGGCAGUAUAUUGGUGCAAGGCUAUCCAUGAAGCAACUCCUGGAGACUUUCUUCAACAACAUGACCUGGGGCCUGGAAGAGGCCCCCCUGGGCAGCAAUGGCACCCGACAGCCCCCCAACCGGACUGACGAUUUCACCUGGCUCCAGUGGACCCACCCAGCUCUCUCCUCCCUGGAGGUGGCCUCUUUCUUCCUGAUUGCUAAGUUCUUCAUGGUGCUCUUGGCAAGCACCAUGAUUGUCCCGGCUGGAUAUUUCCUCCCUGUCUUUGUUUAUGGAGCCGGGCUGGGCCGAUUGUAUGGGGAGGUCAUGGCCAAAAUCUUCCCAGAUGGCAUCGUCUCUGAAGGUAUCCACAUGCGUAUUAUACCCGCCGGCUACGCUCUGGCAGGCGCAGCAGCUUACUCUGGGGCUGUAACCCAGACCCUUUCGACUGCCCUGUUGACCUUUGAGCUGACUGGUCAGAUGUCCCACAUCCUGCCGGUCCUGGUGGCUGUGCUGAUUGCCAACGCCAUCAGCCAACGCUCACAGCCUUCCUUCUUUGAUGGCAUCAUCAUUGUCAAGCAGCUGCCAUUUCUGCCAAAGCUCUCCACGGGCAAGAGCAGGUGCGUUAAACCUUGGCCUCCAGGGUUUGGUGGUGGAUCAUGUGCAGACUUCCCCAACCGGGUGCCUUCCAGCUUUUUUGGACUACAAAUCCCAGAAUCCCUGACCAUGCACAGUGCUGGCUGCUGGGAAUUGUAG